AUCAUUACAAAAUAGUAGUUUGGUAGUAAAUUGUUAAACCUAAUAAGUAUUUCACAGGCUAACUACCACAAAAAUAAUACUGAAUAAUACCUAUCUAUCGAACAUCAGUAGACGUGUUUUUUAUACUCUGUUUGCUAUUUGUUUUUAUCAUUGCUUGUUAUACACUUUUAAUUUUUAACUUCAUUUAGUACCCAUUUCAUUUUAUUGUGUCAUUUGAAUUAAAAUAUCUAAUAUAAUAUUUAUAAUCUGUAUAACACCACAGAAUCAUGGAUAAUCCAGCAGACAAGUCUGCAAAAAAUAACGAUACUUUGAAUAAACCAAUUAAAACGUCAAAAAAACCCCCAUUCACAAAGCCCACGUCAAAAAAGCCUAUGCCAACAGAAGAUGGUAAAUCAAACAAAGAAAUUAGAGAAAACUACUUUAAACAGCUUCGAUCAUGGAUGAAUACUGUAAAUAGUUAUCAGUGCUAUUAUAAUAAGUUGCAAGAAGAUUUAGUCCCAAAGAAAACUAAACAAGUUCCAAAAAGUCCUAUUGAGGUUCCUAAUCCUCCUAUUCCUGUACCUAAUGUACCUGAAACACCAAAUGUUACAUCUACCCAAUUCGUGGGUAAGUCUAAUUCAUUAAUUAAUUUGUGUUAGUCAUUAAUUAUUUUAUAUAUCUAUAAUUAUUUAGGUAUCAGAUGUCAAGUACCAUCUUUGUGGAAACGUUUUGGAGCCGAAUUCAUUGAUUUUGUUCUGCUGAGUUUACUUAAAUUUGUGGUCGCUUACUUUGUAGUGGAAUCAUUUAUGGACAUGUAAGAAUAUUAUGUAUAUUGCUAUUUGAUAAAAUGUAAACUGCCCAAGUUUAAAAAUUUAAAAUUAACGUGUUCAAACUAAUUAUGAUUUAACCCAAGAGCAAAGAGAACGGUAAACUAUAAUUGCCUUUGACAGACUGAGUUAUAAAUUAAUGAAAUUAAUUAAUACAUAAUGAAAAUAAUGAUUUAAUUUUUUAUAAUGAAUUUGCUCAAUAGAUUAUUGUAUGAAUAUCAAUUAAUGCAAUUUAACAUGAAGCCAGAAUAUUAAAAAAAUCUUUAAGAAAUGCAAAUUCACCUUUCACAUUGAUAACUUUGAUUAAUAAAAAUAAAACUAUAACUUCUAAUACAACUAAAUAUAUUUAAUAUUAUAAAGGUAGAAAAUAAAUGAAUCUAGUUUACUGUAAAAAUUAAAUGCAUGUUUUAUAACUUUCCAUUGUAUAUCUUCACUUAUAUAUUAUUAAAAUAUAUAUAAUCUAAAAAGUGUAAAUAUUAUAUUUUUUGUUUCAUAAAUGUGUAUAAAAUUAAAAAUACUAAUUUAAUGUCAAAAACUCAAAAUAUAUUAUUUAUAAUAAUAUAAUUAAUGUAGCAGUAUAAUUUUAAACUAAACUUUCUUUAAAUUUUUAACAGUUAUUAAAAUAAUUUAAAGUUUCUCAUAAAUGUAUUAUGAAAUAAACUUUAACAUAUGAAUAGAACUUAUUAGUUGUUGAUUCCCUUGCUAUUAUUUUACCCUUAUUUAAAUUUUUUUAUAAUAUACUAUAUUCCUAGGGAAUAUUCAAAAAUUAUAUUCCAGAGAUUACAGUAUGUAGUGAUAAAUGGACAAAUAAUAAUAAUAAAUAAUUGUGGGUAUUGUUUUUUAUUUAUAAUUCAUAAUAUGUUGAAACAUAUGAUAUAAUAUUAUUAUACCACAUGUUUUUACAAGUUUUUUUUUUAUUUAUAUUUAUUAAUUUAGGGCCCAGAAUUAUAUGCACUUUAAACGUACGAAAUAUGCAUGCAUUUAUGCACUGAUUAUUAUUAAAAUAUGCAAUGCGAAGAUAUGCAAACAAAAAUACAUGUUAAUUAAAUUUAUUUAGUUUAAAAAUGUAUAUAAUUCAUUAAAUAAUUAAUAUGGUAAAAAAAUUUAAUAAAUAUUAAACAAAUGGGAUUAAACACUUAGGUAUUCGACUAUGAUGCAAUGAAAAAUCAUAAAAUACAGUAAUAUGCAGUGCAAUCCUAAAAUUAAAAAAUAUACAAAAUAAAACUUUGUAUUUUGGAUCUAUUGACCAUAAUUCAAACUUGUAGCUUAUCUAGUUACUUUUUGAACUGUUAAAAGAAAACAUGCAAAUAUGUACAAAUCCGGGUUCUAUGUAUUAUACAUUAUACAAUGUCAUCAUUGAUGUAGUUGGGUAUCAUCUGAUACUUAUAUGUCUUGUAGCAGCUGAGGUUACAAGUGUGUGUUUUCCAUUCUGGCCCCCAUGCUGUAUGCCAGUGACUAGUCAAAAUAUCUCUAGUAUAAACAUGCUCUUUAAAGUAUUACAUUAAUUUUUAACAUUUUGUGAUUAAAAUAAAAUACAACAAUAUACUGUUUCUGGUACUAUUAGUUAUUAUGAGUUAUUUUCUCAGUUAUUUUUUAACUGGUUUCUACUAUAGGCAACUGACAAAAGAUAAUGAUAAUGAUUGUAUUUGUCGUGACCCGUUUACCAAUACAAAUAAUUUAAUUUGAUUAUAAUCAAUAACAGUUCAAACGAGAGAUUAGAUGUAAAAUAAUAUUUGUUUAUAUUUAUUUAUUUUGUCAGUGUAAUACUAAAUUACCAAUAAUUACCAAUGUAAUAUUAAUUGGUCAGAUGACAAUAAAACCAUUUGUAUUUUUUGUAUUGAAGAUAAUUUGUAUUUAAGAUAUUUUUAUUCCAUUUCAUUGCUUAAUUAUUGUAUGGAUAUACAAAGGUGUUAAAAAUCGUUACGUUGACCUCAACACCGAGUCUUGGAGAAUUCCAGCUUCAAUUUUAUCUGACUGAGAUAAGUCCCAUUACUAUUUCUCUUGAAAUAAUUGAUUUGAUAAAAGAUUAGAUUAUUUGAGCAGGCAAUUUUGAGAGCUUGAAUGACCAAACUAACUGAUUAUAACGAUCCAAUCCCAGACAUUGGUAAAAUUAUUUUUUCCAUAACAAACGAUACAUUAUGACACAAUUUUGACAUCAAUCUCUAUUUUUAUUGGUAGUUAAUUUGAGCUAUAAAUUAAUACGUCAUGUCCAUACAAUAAUUGCAUUCGCAAAAUUUCAUUAAAAAAAAACAUUUAAAUAUUAUAGUUUUUUUUCAGUUUUAACUUUUAAAAUAAUAAUAUUUAUUGUUUCUAAAUUGUUAAUGAAUGUACUUAUGUAUUAAAUUAUUUAUUUAUUUUAGAGAUUUCACCAAGUAUAACACGUUUUUUAUGCAAGAAGAUUUGGAUUACACAGCAGCAGUGGAAAUGACAUCUGAAAUAUUUUUUUUAGAAAUUUCACACCGAAUAGUAGUUUGUGUAUAUGAAGUAAUUUUAAUUUUAACAUAUUUUACAUAAUUAGUGCUAUUUAAAAUUACUUGCUAAUAGAAAAAUUACCUUUUUUUGUCAAGGUAUAUUGGUUACAAGGUACUGUAAUAAUCCAAGGUGGAGCAACUCUUGGGAAAAUUCUGUUAGAUCUAACAGUUGUACGGACUGAUAAAUUGUAUAAUAUACAAGGUCAGCCAAACAAUAUUAUUGCAUUAACUCCGGGUGGUGAUCUUGGUUGGAAACGUGCAAUACUUCGUUCUGUCACUAAAAAUUUAUUUUUUUCCUUCAUGUUUCCAUUACCUUUUAUCGCAGCAGCAGCCAAUCAAAACAGAUGUGCAUAUGAUGUUUUGAGUGGAUCAAUGGUUGUAGAAUUUGCACAACCAUUUAGAUGUGAACAAUCUGAGCUUAUCCCUAUUGUAUAGUUGCUCUAAUAAUGUACACAAAUAUUUGUAAAUAAAAAAUAAUUCAUUUUAUAAUUAUAUAAUAUCCAUGAAACUUAGAAAGUUUAUAUGCUUUAAUGUAAAACAUCCAAUAAUUAAAAUUAAAAAAUAUAACUUUAUCUAAGAAUGACAUAUCUAUUUAUUUACAAUGAUAAUUUAUAUAAAUGUUAAGACUUUUUCAAUUGUAAAAAAGGAUACUUUUUAUUUUUGAAUAUCUACAGUCUCAUUCGAGAAAACUGAAAGUCAGUAUGUAAAAUCCUAGUUGUUGACAUUAAUUUUCAUAAAAAGUAAAACAUAUAUUAUUAUUUACAAAUAUAAGAAAAAAGUUCACGAUUAUAUGAUGAAUACUUUUGAAAAUAACACAAAACUAUGUUUGUAUUUUUUGAAAGUUAGUUUAAAUAUAUCUAAAUUGGACAAUUUUUUUAAUUGUAUCAAAAUACCUGUAUGCAAUUCUUUAAAUAUUGAAUGUGUGACAUCUUAAGUACACUAGUAAAGAUAAUCAAAAUUUAAUAAGUGAAUUAGCCACUUAUGACAUUAUGUUACUAAGCAAGUAACUUAAAGUAAAUACAAAAUUACACUGAAAUUAGGUAUAUCAUAUAAUGUUUAUAUUUAGCCUUGAACAACUAUUGUUUAUUAACAAAUAUAAUUUAUGAUCAAU